AGGGGAGUAGGCGAUGGCAGGAGGAGGAGGGGGGGGGGAUACCUGCAGUGAGAGGUAGGAGCGCAGCUAGAUGGCAGCAGGAAAGAAGAUGAUGCUGGUGGAUUCAAGCGCCCAACAGCAAGGACACCAUCGAGGUCGACGAUUGGUGCCGGCACGUGGUUCAAAGGAUUUGUGCUCUGUUGUUGCCUCAGCUUUCAUUUUCUUGCUUUUCUUCAUCUCCUCCGACGGAGAGCCAUUCAACGUGGAUCAAGAAGAGAUCCCUGAUGCGGUCCUGGAAUCAUUGUCAGCUCAACAUCCGGCCAUGAGGGAGUUGCUGCAGGCGUCAACCGUCAUGCCCGAAACUUCCUCCCUGGGGACGUCCAACUACACUUGCGUUGCUCGACAUGAGUACAUUGCAAUGGCAACGGACCCAUAUCUUAGCGCAGCCUCCAACCAGUACACUGAUGGAACAUUUUUUUGUGAUGGGUACGUGGACUAUGCAGCUGCAUGCGACCUUGCCAGACCAAACAAAUCAUGCAACAACAAAUACGCAAAGAAGAUUUACUCGAACCUCGUCAGGGCUUUAGAUGUCUACAGCUGCAAAUCGUACAGCAACAUCUGGACCUGCAGUGAUUGUAAAGCAGCGUUCAAACGAUGGCUAUGCUCUCAGAUCUACAAGAAGUUCGUUAUUCCAGAUACGACCCUCUUCGAAGAAGGAAAUGUUUCCUUGCCAUCGUAUGCUUGCACAUGCCCGUGGCCUCCCCUCAAUCAGACAGCAGAACAGACAGCCAAGGACUUUGCAAGCAAACCAUACUGUCUGUUGAUUUGCGCUGGGUUGCCGCGUAAUUGCACCGCCCCUCCAGGACAAGCCGUUCCCUCAUGUCCCACCCCAGCUUGCGGUGCCAAAGGUACCGCUGAUGACCCGGGAAGAUGCACAGCAUCGGUGUACCUAGAUUCGCAAUCGGCCUCCAGCUUUGAUGACUUCUAUGUCGGCUCAAAAGUCGAAAUCACGAGCACCAAUAUGAAAGGGUACUGGAUGCUGAUAGACAAAUACGACGGUUUCUCCAAGUUAGCCAUGGGGACUCAAUGGAAUGCUCCGUAUGGGACGACGAUGCCCAAUCCACCUCCAGUUCCAGCACAGGGCAACACAUAUCGAAUAUAUCUAACGAAGAAACAACAAGGUUUCUGUAGAUCGACUGUGGAUCCAUCGAAGCGGUUGGGGCCUCCAUGUGAACAAAUGCAACAAUUCCUUCCUGACCAGACUAUUUCCACGGGAUGGCCUGCGAUCCCUUACCUGAUGGUCAACGGUGUCAAGACCUGUCUCGAUGGCUCACCCUUCACUGCCACGGGAUGUGGGAGUCCAGCAACUGCUCAAAUCCCUCCCAAAUAUUACAGCUACCCAAUGCCUGGUCUCAGCUACGGCGGAAUCAGGUCCGGGUACUACUUGAAAAAUCUGGGCAAUGCGCAGAACUGGAUGGCCUACCACUUGGCCGCUGGGACAGGCACACUGAACUACAGCUGUGUUGGUUUGUCGGGGUCAACUCUUUCGGAGGCAAUCGUAGCAACCAAGAAGAAUGUGACUGUUCCUGCUACUCUCGCUGUUCCUGCCAGCAAAGAGUCAGGAUGCACUACGGACUUUCUGCCGAUCUCGGAUAAGGCACAGGAUGAUUGUGCCCUCAAGACUUGUAAUGCAGUGUGCCUGGACGUCAGUAGACGAUGUCCGUACGCUCUUGAGUUUCGCUGUCCGUCGCUGGGAGAUUACCGUGAAUAUGAUUUCACUGAGUGCAAUAUGAUGGUCCCGCACGGUUGCAUGAUCCAAGUACAAGAGGUGUCGGGCAGCAUCAAAUGUUCCAGCCUGAACCCGCAGGGAUACGGACCUGAAGACACUAACCCUUUGGGAGGGAAAGAGCAAAACCGGCUCCUGUUCAACGGCAUUUUCGGCCUGCCGCCUUCGCCGAACUGCAGCGGUCUCAAUGGGCUGUCGAUCGAUGCUGGGAUCGGCCCGAGUACCGGACUGCCAGUCAAUCCUCCGAUCAACGGGCCGGCGUCAAAGAAGAAUUCUACUUUUCCCUACGACAUCUGGUGCAAGGGUGCUAGUGAUUCAACUCUUGCUCUCUCAGCGGCAGACGUUGGGUGCAGGGUGAUCAUGUACAAAGGACAGUUCGAGCAGAACUGCUAUGUUCAAGGCGCGUAAUACCCAAUAGGUAAAUUGGCACUAGCGUUACUAGCAAUGAAAGCAUCGAAAAG